UGGGAGGAUCUGGUACCUCGGCUGAUUGAGCCAUUUCUGGAUUACGUCUCAAAGUCCACAGGAAUGCCAACACCACCAGCUCUCUCGGACAGGAUCUCAACCUCAUGCGUUGUUGGCACAUGCUCUUCAGUCUCCGUCACGGUUCUCUGUCUUCAUUGGGAUCGUAAGUGUGGAUUGUUUCCAACCUCUCCGACUGGACCACGCAUGGCUGUUUCCAUCCGGUUGCUUGAAUUUUAUUACGCCCUUUUUGAGAAGUCUGGUGAUGCUGUGAUGGCGCUCUCGGGAGCCCUAAAGAACUUCUAUGUUCGAUGUGGUUUUCCAGUUGUGACGAGCUCGGGUGAUCCUAUGGAUAGCCCUUUUCGCAAGGGUCUGGCAGCCGCAAUCCAAUGGUUCGACAAAGUCCGCAUUUCUACAGAACGAAGGGUCCAGUCUGCCAUCGAUUCUGCACUGGAUCAGCUCAAAAAUGCGCGAUGCAUACCCCCUGCGGCUGAACCGUCCCUCGACGGUCAGCAGUGUUGCCCACAGGACGAAUGCAGCAAAAUUUUACAGCGCCGUUGUCCCGCUUGUUUUGGAGGAAAUACCUACGGGCGCAGUCUCGAUGAAGGUGGCGAUGUUCAUUUGGCGAUUGAUGCAAACUUUCACCACCGCCAUCGGGUCAGCGCUGGCGACACAAACUUCUACUAUGAUCCUGAAUAUUUCAUCUCCAAGUCAGAGGUUGAUGCUGUGGGAGAACGGAUUGGACAAAAGCGCCCUUCCUCACGACGUCCUCAGCAUCCAGUUCCACCUGAUAAUGUUGUUCAAAAAUGCCAGGAUAGCCAUGAUGCCGCAAAUAACGCAGACAAGGCAUCCGGGGAUAAUACCGAUGACAAAGGUGUAGCUGCUUUGGUUUGUCGACAUGACAUCCCCAUCUUCCUCGCAAAUGUGGACACCCCGGGAGAGCAGCAAAAAUACGCUGUUGCACUCAUCGAGCACGUCAUGUCUAUGAUCCCUGAAAACGCCACUGCGGUGUUCCUCUACGAUAUUGGGUGUGUUGUGGAUCGAUCUCUACAUUUGUAUGAAAUUCUUCCCGACUCGAUUUUAGACCGAAUAAUAUUUGCUACGUCAGCAAUGCAUGCAUAUGGCCAUGAAUGGACCUGCCAGCUGGUAUAUAAUCCACGUCUACGGAAGGGACUUGGCCUUACCGAUGGUGAGGGUGUGGAACGGUUGUGGUCGAAACUACGCCGUCUAAUCCCGCUGACACGGUCAUCAUCGCGCUCGCGUCGUAUCUGGCUGUUGGACCGCCAGUGUCGAGUCAUCCAUCUUGAAAUGCGGGACCAUCUAGGCCAUUGGAUCAACAAUCGGCUGCGUAAAGGAGUCCAAGGCCAAGGAGAAACUGCUCGCGAAGAACUUUCUGCUAUUGGGAUCUCUGAGCAGGAGCUGGGGGUGCAGUGGGAGUCUCAGAAAGCUGCACAACUAAGUGUGCGUGCACAUGCACCUGCUCGUUUACGCAAGGAAAUCGAUGCAGUUCUCACCUUACAAGCGGAGGUAGACCGCAUUGAAACUGUCAUAAGCAAUACUCGGAAUGCUAUAAAGUCAGCCGCUGGUGCUGUGUCAUCAGCUUCCUUCGAAAUCCUUGAGAUGCUCGAGAACCUACAGGGUGACCUUACGGAAAAAAUUGAUGGCCUGUAUAUCUCGCUCGACGUCCCGGAGCGCUUUCCUUCUCUCACAGGUGCCUCCCUGGAAUUCGUACGGCUCCUGAUUCUGGCCCGGGAUCUGAAGACAAAUAUCAGGAAGCGUGCAAUUGCCAGCUUUCUUGAAUGGGAAAAGCUUGAUCGGGCAGUCGGAGGACGUAGUCAACCUCUUGGCACGAAACUUCACCAACAAACACGGAAAGCAAUCACCAAACGUGCACCUGCACUUAUUGCGGCCAUUCGAAAAUUCAAUGCCUAUUGCGACAAACUGGCUUCCCUUAAAACAACAACCUGCACUAUACCUGUUCCUCAUACCCUACCGACUAAACUGGAGGAACUCCGAAGCGAUGAGCAUCUCAUGGAGGACGUGUGGGUCACUCCUAUGCCCGGUGGCUGCCCCCGUUGGUUAGAAGAUGCAGAUGUGCGGAAAGGAAUACUCGCGUUGUUGAAGCUAGACCGGACAAAAGAAGAAGAGACUAGGCUCUCUCGCGAAUCCAGCAAUCUUCUACGCUGGUUCAGUCUCGAACUCACAGCAAUUGAGCUUGCGUUGAUGGAUCCUGCAAGUACGUACUCUCACUUUGCGAGCGUCUUCACACCAAAGGCAUCCUUUGAAGCUGAAGUGCCAUCUGCCUGGUACCGAGCAUGCAGUCUUGCUCAGCAACUAUUCAGCAUCUCCGAGCCCGCUGCUCAACACGCACAACUGUCGUCGUCAAAUGCAGCCUCAUAUGUUCAAACAAACUCCGUUCCACCAAUGCAAAUGCUGGACGAUCGACUCAAAGAUGAUCCCAGUGGCCAGAACAAUCUCAGCACUCCUAGUGAAGACUACCUUAAAGCUACCGAAGAUCUUGUUGAGAUAUCGCUCGAUCUUUUCUGGGACGAGGAUGUCUCACUGAGUUACGACUCCCUCGUUGACCUUCUCAGCUCCGACCAGCUCUCACUGCCCAUACCAGCACUCCCACAAAGCUUUUGGCGACGUAUACCAGGUGAUGGACCUAUCAGACAAAUCGACAUCGAUGGAAGUUCUCUAAUGAGACUUAUCAAACCGACGGGAUGGUUAAACGACGCUUGCAUCAAUGAAGGGGCAUUGCUUCUCUGCUCACAAAGAGCCUCCAUUGCCCGUGAUGCAUGCGCUAUUUUCUCAUCCACUGCGAUUGGCGACUCAAAGCACCGGGAUCAUUUUCGGAAGUUCACGGAGGCGUACAUGCGGCAGAAAUAUUGGGAGAAGGACAUCUGGAUUUUCCCUGUGAACCACCAAAAUACGCAUUGGCUGCUUUGUUGCGUAAAUAUGAGGAGUCGAACACUGGGUCUUUUCGACAGCUUUGCUGAUGAGGACGUUUGGCAUGAGCAUUUACCUCCUAUAAUCCGGCUCAUCAAUGUAUUGGUGAAUGUCGCACAAGUCAAGGGUCAAACUGUCAAGUAUUUCAAGAAUGAAUGGAUCGCACGGCCACUGACGGUUCGCAAGCUUCAACACAACGGGUAUGACUGUGGUGUAUGGGUGUUAGCUGUUAUUGCGGCUGUUCUGCGAGGCCAUGACAUGGUUUCCAUAGAGGAAAAUCAGAUUCGCGCGUUCCGUAAGUAUAUGUCAAACCUG